AACUGUCCAUCACCUGAACACACAGGUGGACCAACACAACCGGGGUCAGCAGUUCAGUUCCUCAAUAUUUUUUUUGAGACUACCUGGACUGGAAUAUAUCUGAAGAAGACUAGUUUGGAAUCUAAAAUCAGUGUUAAAACAAGCACAAAUGUAGGCUAAUAUUGAUCUGAAUUCAGACGGGAUUGCUCCGGUAACAUUACGCAGUGACACCGGGAAGUCAGUUUGCGAAAUAUCAGAAUCGGUAGAAAAAAAAACAAAGUUCACACGCAAGGCAAAGCCAGGCAAGCGCUACGAUGGCGUCCAGCAGCAACGCUGUUUCCAGUCCUAUGGUGAUAUUGGCUCCAAAAACUAAAACCAAAAAGAAACAUUUUGUGCAGCAAAAGGUGAAGGUCUUUCGUGCCAGUGGCCCAGUCUUGAGCGUUUUUAUGUGGGGUGUAAAUCAUUCGAUUAAUGACCUAAACCAAGUGCCUGUUCCUGUCAUGCUGCUGCCUGACGACUUCAGAGCAAACACUAAGAUCAAAGUCAACAACCACCUCUUCAACAAAGAGAAUCUACCUGGACAUUUUAAGUUUAAAGAAUACUGUCCCCAAGUGUUCCGCAAUCUUCGGGAGCGCUUCGGAAUUGAGGAUCUUGACUACCAGGUGUCGUUGACCCGCAGCCCUCCUGUAAGAGGUGGGGACACCCAGGGGGAGGGGAUCCUCCUGACCUCCUACGACCGCACGCUGGUCAUAAAGCAGAUCUCUAGUGAGGACGUGGCAGACAUGCACAGCAUCCUGUCUGAAUACCACCAGCACAUAGUGAAGUGCCACGGCAGCACUCUGCUGCCCCAGUUCCUGGGGAUGUACCGCGUGGGUGUGGAGAAUGAGGAGACCUACCUGAUCGUCAUGAGGAACAUGUUCAGUCACAGACUGGUGGUGCACAGGAAGUAUGACCUUAAGGGCUCUCUGGUGUCUCGUGAAGCAAGUGACAAAGAGCGGGUAAAAGAGCUCCCCACCUACAAGGACAUGGACUUCAGAAACAACAUGCAGAAGGUGUACGUGAACGAGGAGCAGAAGGAGAAGGUCAUGGAGAAACUCAACAGAGAUGUGGAGUUUCUGGUCAAGCUAAAGAUCAUGGACUACAGCCUGCUGUUGGGUAUUCACGACGUGGGGCGGGCUGAGAGGGAGGAGGAAGAAGGAGAGGAGCCGUCCAAUGAGGAAGAGGGGGAGCCUGAGAACGGCCUGGCUCAGGCCCCUAACGUGGGCUCCUACGGUACGUCUCCUGAGGGCAUCGCUGGCUACAUGGCCUCCUGCAAGCCCCUGGAGCCCGGGGAAUUUGACCCCUACGUGGAUGUGUACGCCAUGAGGAGUGCCCCUGGAGCCCCUCAGAGGGAGGUGUACUUCAUGGGUCUGAUAGACGUUCUGACACAGUACGACACCAAGAAGAAAGCCGCUCACGCAGCCAAAACUGUCAAGCAUGGGGCUGGUGCUGAAAUCUCUACUGUCCACCCAGAACAGUAUGCCAAGCGAUUUCGUGAUUUCAUCUCCAACAUCUUUGCAUAGCAGGACGUUUAUAACCGCCACUGCUACUUCCCAUUUAGAUUUGAAUCUUUUUUUUUUUAACUUUUGUUCUGCUACACAUUUAUAUCAUGAAACAUUGCCCCCAAAAAUGUACACACACAGAUUAUUUUAGUCUGAUCUCACACCAGACUAUUUCCAUUGUUGUAAUGUAUUGCUGACUGAUAUUUAUGAGAAGAAUGUGAUAAGCACUCGGACUGACUUUGGAGCCAAGGGUACUUAAGCUAAUACUGCUGCUUGUCCUAGAGAUGUUACACUGAAAAGGAUUGAUUAGACUUAAUGGGACACCUGAGAUUGAUACAUUGACUGAUUUUUUUUUGUUGUUUGAAUCCCCGAUUGACCCUUUAACCCAGUCAGUUGAAAUCCUGGGUCAUGUCCAUAUUAAGCACCAGACAGGGGAAAAGGUUUGAAACAGGAAGGUACAACACCACCAAUGACUAGAUACUAACUACCUGAACUUGUCCAGUAAGAAAUCAUGGCUAUUUUAGUGCUACUGAACACGACCCUGGAUUGGUCCGAUCUACUGAGUGAGUAUGCUAAUAUGACUGGACAUAGUAACAUAUCAGUGUAGUGAACCCUACAGUAAAUAUCAGAGCACUUUGUCUCAAAGGGAAAGCCUUGUGGGAUUUAACAUGAACGUCCCUCAUCAUCUCACUUUGGAUCAUAUUGAGUCUGUUUCCCCUAGAAUUUCAGCAGUGGGGGGGGCAAGGGUAGCUGGGGUGACGGGACAUUCUAGCUGUUCCCAUAGACUUCUAGUUAUUGAGCCAAUGACUUCUCUAUUUAAAAGUGCUUCUGCAGAAAUGAUAUAUAAAUGUUGCAGCGGUGGUUCCCUGCUGCUGAAUGAAUAUAGUGGAAACAUUGAGCAUUUCGCUAUCAUGAUUGGACUUGGGACCAGAACCAAUUGUUGGACUGAAAGUGUUAUUUUGAACAUUGAUUGCUGCACUUUUUUUUUUUUUUUUUUGCUCAUCAAACAGCGUUUUUAAAAGAAGCACUUCUCAAGAAUGAUGGUGAAUAAAAGUAGCUUGAGUGCCAGUCUGUCUGUGCUACCAUACCGACUGCCUUUCACACAUUGUCAUGGCAAACAUGUUUUGUCUUGACAGUGACAGCAAUGGAGUUGGCAAGAUCGCAAACAGAUCUAGGACCAAACUAGAAUUUAAGAUCAGUAGAGAUUGAUGGUCUGUGCUUGUUCAAAUUUGACUACUACUACUAUUCGAUACUCCAUUGAAGAACCAGCUUGGUAAUAUGUGUUACUUGUAGAAUAUAGCACUACAUUUCAGCUGCUUUAUGCAAUUCGAUAGCCUUAAAUGUGUGAUCUCGAGUUUUCUACUAUAGAAGUUGAAUACACUGUUAGGGCUGAGGAGGUGCAGUAGGAAUAUGUGAUGCCUUGUGACCAUUGUGAUUGCACAGCCUAUAUUUUUGCUAAUCAGCUUUUGGACCAAAAUAUAUUUUACAAAAGAUUUUCUGAAACGUGUUGGAAUAUUUUUGUAUAUAUUUUACAUGAAAAUGUAGACCUUGUGUAGACAAAUCUUUCCUCAUCUUCCUGUAGUGUAGGAUACAUAAAAUCAGAGUUCAGGCGGCCAGGUCGGCUCAAUGAAAACGGCUAACCAAGAUGGAGGAAAGAGAUUUAUCCAUACAUCCAUUACGUAUGAUGUGUGAAUAGGGUGCCAUUUGGGCCGGGACAUGGAAGUUCAACCUUCCUGUUUACGCUCAGGAUGAAACUGCUAGUUUGGUUGGUACCUGUACAUCGGGGUUAUUAAUUCCUAGUGCAUGUCAGUUGAUAGGGCUGUGAGUUUGGUUAGGGGUACAGUUGAUAGGGCUGUGCGUUUGGUUAGGGGUACAGUUGAUAGGGCUGUGCGUUUGGUUAGGGGUACAGUUGAUAGGGCUGUGCGUUUGGUUAGGGGUACAGUUGAUAGGGCUGUGCGUUUGGUUAGGGGUACAGUUGAUAGGGCUGUGCGUUUGGUUAGGGGUACAGUUGAUAGGGCUGUGCGUUUGGUUAGGGGUACAGUUGAUAGGGCUGUGCGUUUGGUUAGGGGUACAGUUGAUAGGGCUGUGCGUUUGGUUCGGGUCAUUUAAGUUUUUAUGCUGGCUAGAGAUAACAGGCAGGGCCCAACAGACUGGAGGAGGUCAAGGACAGGUUUAUCCCCUCUUUCCAGAAGCCAUAAUUCUGCUGACAGACCUCUUCCUGUUGCUUUAGAAAAAGAGAGGAAUUGACUACUCUUAACAAAGGGAAGCAAGCAGGAUGGACAGAGCAAUAGAAAAGAU